AUCAUUCAAGACAUCAGCAAGUUCUUGUACUACAGCUACUAUACUCAUUUUCAACUUUCAAACUCACAAUUACAACAACUCGGCAUCAAUCAACCAACCCACCACCGCCAAAACCAAGCUACUCCCUACGACAAACCACGAAAAUGUCAACAGUAGACACCCACCCUCGCCUCCUGGCCCUCUCCCUCUCACCCUCCCCCCGCAACUCAACCUCAACCUCCCGCCCAACACCAACCUCCUCCGCCAACCCCUCCACAUCAUCCACCCCGCUCGCCACCUCCCGCCGCGCCUCGCACGACUCCGCCCACGAUGCCCACCACUUUGUCAACCUGGACAAGGAGCAGCACGAGCACAAGCUCAACGCUAGUCUGAAGAAGAUGUGGGCUGGUGUUAAGAGGCAUGCGGUUGAGCACCAUAGGAGUGUCAAUGCCGCGUAUAUGGCUAGCUAUGGGUGUGGGGCGCAUCCGGGACGUUAGAUGGGAUGUAGAAGGUGAACGACAGGAUGGAGGACACAAAAGUGAUUUCUUGCGAAGCGGCUUGCGGUAUUAUACCCUGAUUUUGUUUUUUGUUUUUUGUUUGGGCGCUGGGAAGGAGGGAAGAGGAAGAGGAAGAGGAGGAUGUAAUGAAUGGUGGAAAAGGAGAGAGAUAAAAGUUAACAAUUCGACUUGAUAAUACUGUAAUAAGACGACUCUUCGGGUUUUUG